UUUCACCAACACACAUUACCUUUGACACAGUUUUGUUCCUGCAGCACCGAGGAGCGAGCAACCACAAGGGUCCGAAGAUGAACAGAGCUUUCAACAAAACGAGUCUAAAACAGCUGACGGGCGUCCUCCAAAGGUUUCAAAGCACCUUGGUGGUUGCAGAGCACAACAAUGACAAACUGACCCCAAUCACCCUCAAUGCCAUCACUGCUGCCAGUAAGCUGGGUGGGGAGGUGUCCUGUCUGGUUGCUGGAACAAACUGCGCUCAGGUUGUGGAGGAAAUUAGCAAAGUACAAGGUGUGAAGAAGGUUCUGGUCGCCCAACAUGAUUCUUACAAAGGUGCCCUGCCAGAGGAGUUGACUCCACUUAUCUUGCAAACACAAAAGCAAUUCAAUUUCACCCACAUCUGUGCCGGUGCAUCCGCCUUUGGAAAGAACCUGCUUCCCAGAGUGGCCGCCAAGUUGGAUGUUGCUCCGGUUUCUGAUAUCAUUGAGAUCAAGUCUCCAGACACUUUUGUCAGAACCAUUUAUGCUGGGAAUGCACUCAGCACUGUGAAAUGUAAUGAGCCAAUCAAAAUCUUCACGGUCAGAGGGACAUCCUUUGAGGCUGCUUCAACAGAGGGAGGAAGUGCUGCAUCAGAAGAUGUCGCUGCUUCUGCUCCCACUGGAAUUUCUGAGUGGGUGGAGCAGAGUCUGACAAAGAGCGACCGUCCAGAGCUGACCAGCGCUAAAGUUGUGGUGUCAGGAGGAAGGGGCUUGAAGAGUGGAGAUAACUUCAAGCUGCUUUACGACCUUGCUGACAAGCUGAAUGCUGCAGUUGGUGCCUCCAGAGCAGCGGUGGAUGCUGGGUAUGUCCCCAAUGACAUGCAGGUCGGACAGACAGGCAAGAUUGUAGCACCAGAGUUGUACAUUGCUGUUGGUAUCUCUGGAGCUAUUCAACACCUGGCUGGCAUGAAGGAUAGUAAGACUAUUGUUGCCAUCAACAAGGACCCAGAGGCUCCCAUCUUCCAGGUGGCUGACUACGGCUUGGUCGCUGAUCUUUUCAAGGCUGUUCCUGAGAUGACUGCAGAACUGAGUAAGUGAGGAAAGAAACGAAGGCCCCACAAACUUCCACCACACAGCUGGAAACCUGCAGUAAGAACACUACAGAGAGCACCCACAGGCUCCCAUAGCCACUGCCUUAACAUUUUUAAAGCUGUGUGUGUUAGUAACCAGAAAUAAUGUAUCAUCUUUUCUCUGACUGGAAACACAGCGACAUUAUAAAUCUAGAAACAAAUGCCAGUUUUUAAUAAAUACUGUAAAUGUAUUAAAUAUAAAUGAAUAAGCUUGUACUUACCAGAGGGAGGUGUUUUAUUCCUUUAGCAAUGCAGGUGUUGUAAUUGUAUUUAAUUUUCUGGUAGAGCAAACGACAUCUUUGGGAAUGCUUGACUUGCCUCUCAACCUCUGACGUAGUUGUAAGAUGUAGCUCUUUGUGCUGAAGUAGAGGAUGUGUACUCACUGAGAUGCUGUUGGAAAAAUUAAGUAUUAAAUAGAAAACUAAUAACUGGUU